UCAGACCCACAGCUGCUUGCCCGCUUCUACUAUGCUGAUGAGGAACUGAACCAGGUGGCUGCGGAGCUGGACAGCCUGGACGGGCGGAAGGACCCCCAGCGGUGCACAUUGCUUGUCAGCCAAUUCCGCUCCUGCCAGGACAACGUGCUGAACAUCAUUAAUCAGAUCAUGGAUGAGUGCAUCCCCCAGGACCGUGCUCCACGGGAUUUUUGCGUCAAGUUCCCUGAGGAGAUCCGACAUGACAACCUGGCUGGCCAGCUGUGGUUUGGUGCUGAGUGCCUGGCCGCUGGCUCCAUCAUCAUGAACCGUGAGCUAGAGAGCAUGGCCAUGCGGCCUCUAGCCAAGGAGCUGACCCACAGCCUGGAGGAUGUACGGGGCGCCCUCCGCGACCAGGCACUGCGGGACCUCAACACCUACACGGAGAAGAUGAGGGAGGCGCUGAGGCACUUCGAUGUCCUGUUUGCGGAGUUCGAACUGAGCUACGUCUCGGCCAUGGUGCCCGUGAAGUCCCCCAGGGAGUACUACGUGCAGCAGGAGGUCAUUGUGCUGUUCUGCGAGACGGUGGAGAGGGCCCUGGACUUCGGGUACCUGACCCAGGACAUGAUUGAUGACUAUGAGCCGGCCCUUAUGUUCACCAUCCCGAGGCUAGCCAUCGUGUGGCACAGGUCUCUGUGGCCAAAAUCAUUUUGAAGAAAACAAUGACCUUUUGGGGUCCUUACUCUUCUUUGUUUAAAGAGCAGAACAGCAAACCUCCUUGAGUCGGAGCCUUUCUUUUGCCAGUGGGAGUGGAGUCCCCUUUGUCCCAAGGCACUGGCAGCUCUGAAGUUUGGAUGCCUUCGGGAAACACAGAGGACCCUGUUCUUUUAAAAAUUCUCUGUGUACUGG